AUGGAUUCUCCCCGCGGGGCUACUCCCGCUGCUUUCGACCACGACCACGAGCCCAGAGGCUCGAAUUCUUCCGAGUUCGACCCGAAGAAGCUUCCGGAUGAUUUACCGAAGUCCCUGGACGACCGCCGCUCUUUCCCGACUAUACAGCAGGAGACGGAGAUGUAUGAUGCUUGGCAGGGCCAAUCCCAAUUUCUGACACCUGUUGCCGCGAAACCCCUCAGUUUCAGCCUUGCCUUGGACGACCACUCGCAUGACGACGAGCAUGCCCUGCAUGCGCACUACGGGCGGAACCUCGCAGUCUCCACAGACGAUGACAACGAGUCUACGACGACGGCUCGGCUGGAGGAUAGCGAUGCCCGGUUAAUGGAGAUGCUUGCUGCCCAGGCCGCACACCGCGAGGUGGACUCGCUGGAUGCGGACGAGGAAGCCAUUGCCGCGGAUGAGAAGUUGACGGAUGAGCGAAAGCGCGAGGCUCUGCAGCGGAGUCUGAAUAUGGCUGCUAGUAAUGGUGAUGUUGAGCGGGUGCGCAAAUUGGUACAAGGGAAGGCGAAGGACUACGUUGAUGUGAAUAUGCCUGAUGAAGAGGGCACGGUGCCGCUGAUAUAUGCUAGCUGUUUUGGACACCAAGAUGUUGUUGCGGCACUGUUAGACGCGGGAGCGAAUGUUGACCAACAAGACCGGAAUCAAUGGAGUGCACUGAUGUGGGCUAUGACGAAUCGGCACAAGACGAUAGCGAAGAUUUUGCUCGAUCAUGGAGCGUCGCCGAAUAUCAAGUCCUCGUCCGGAGGCACCGCGUUUGACUUUGCUCAGCCGGGAAGCGAGAUCUCAGAAUACCUACACGAGAAUGGUUAUAGUUUUGGGCCGAGUGCGAUAGAGGAUGAUUUCUACGACUCCGGGUUUGCGCAUGGUCGGUUUGAGGAGGAGAUAGCGGAAAAUGAAAUGAAGCGGCGCAUGAUGAUGGAGGAAAGCGCGAUCAAUUUGGAAGUGGAUCUGUCAAGUCUGGGGUUAGAUGAGAAGUUUGACUCCCAAGACGAGGAAGAACUGGAAGAGGAGCAACAGGAAUUUAUUUGGGAUCGAUGUCUGAAUGACCAAAUGUUUGUCUUCCAGGAGCAUGAGCUUGAGAGGAUUCUGGAUAUCAUUAUCACAAACAUGACGCCACAACGAUCUCCGUCUCAAAAGCCAGUUCCGGCGAACCUCCUCUUUCUUAGUGCGCGAUAUGCUCAUUACCAUGCGAGCCCUGAGCUGCUCGCGACAUUGCUGGUAUCUGCGAUGGACAAAAUAAAUGACGUUGUGGAGCGGUACCAGUGGGACAUGACGAUUCUCGCAUUCUGGAUCUCAAAUGCCACUCUCCUACUUCACUAUCUCAAGAAAGAUGCGGGCUUGGUGGAAUCAACGGUGGAGUUUCAACUCCAUUUAGCAGAGCUUAUCAACGAAAUCUUUAUCCUGAUCAUCCGUGAUGCUGAGCGCCGCAUGAACAAGGUGCUGGAUGCGGCGAUGCUGGACCAUGAAACGAUCCCCGGCCUCGACGACAUCCCCUUCCAGAACGAGUGGAAGCUUUUCCGCAAAAACAGAAACAAAGCCCCUGAGCCGGCUGAUAAGCAGUUCAGGCCACCUUCUCCUAGGCGCCGAGCACAGGUCUCACCGCGCAACAUUACCUCUCUCUUAUCAUCAACACUCUUUGUCCUCGACCUAUACGAUGUACACUCGGUGAUAACUACACAGAUCCUCUCGCAGCUUUACUACUGGUUAGGAGCAGAGCUCUUCAACCGAAUUCUCUCUACGAAACGAUAUCUAGCCCGAACCAAGGCGAUGCAGAUUCGCAUGAAUGUGUCGACCUUGGAAGACUGGGCUCGUACCAACAACCGACAGCCAGAACACUAUGAAAAUGGGUCAACCACGUGCACGGGCGACAGCACCAUGGACUCUGCUCGUAAACACCUGGCGCCAGUGAUCCAGCUCUUGCAAUGGCUGCAGUGCUUCUCCUCACUCGGAGAGGACUUUGAGUCCCUCGUCAACACACUCCUACAGCUACAAGAUCUCACUCCGGCCCAGAUGCUCCACGCGGUUAAGCACUACCGGCCAGAAGUCGGAGAGAAAGGGCUCCCCAAAUCCGCCAUGAAAUUCCUGGUAGAGCUACAACGCGACCCCGAGUUAAUAUUCAGGGAGCAGUUAAGGCUUGUCCAGAUCAAAGCAGAUUCUCUGGCACCAACCUCGGCACCGACCGAGGAGGGACGCCCCCAGACUCCGCGUCAGGACCGGGCUCCUUCGACAGCUGCGUCGCCCAGCGCUGCCAGAUCUCCCGGUUCAAGCGUCGCCUCUCCAAGACCGGGGCCAAGUUCCCGCUUCGACGACCGCAGUGGCGCAAAUACAGUAUUCUUAGACCCCGCACUUACCCUUCCCUUUUCACUACCAACCAGCACGGACAUGCUCAUCAGCUACGGAGCUGGAUGGGGCGGCACCAACAGAGAGCGGGCGCGGAAAUACAUACCAACGGUACCGCCAGAGGUACUGACACGGUUCGACCGUGACGCUUGA